GGUGCAUCUUGAAGCAGGGUUUAGUUACAAUCGAUCUUGGGGGGAAAAUAUUGCCUAUGGUCCAAAAAUAAGGAGCAACUAUGUCCUUCUCUCAGUUCGGAUACCCCUACAGCACCACUUCACAGUUCUUCGUGCCCGCCAGCCCCAGCACGACCUGCUGCGAGGCCGCCCCCCGCUCCGGGCCGGAUGCCUCCUCGGCGCCGGCCGCCGCCUCGCUGUGCUGCGCCCCGUACGAGAGCCGGCUGCUGGCGCCCGGCCGCGCCGAGCUCAAUGCGGCGCUGGGCAUGUACAGCGCCCCGUACGCCGCCGGCCAGGGCUACGGCAACUACCUGCCCUACGGCGCCGAGCCCGCCGCGCUCUACACCGCGCUGAACCCCCAGUAUGAAAUCAAAGACGGCGCCGGCACGUUGCACUCGGGAAUCGCGCAGCCCGCUACCUACUACUCCUACGAUCAUUCCUUGGGGCAGUACCAGUACGACAGGUACGGGACGGUGGAUUUCGGUGGUUCAGCCAGACGCAAAAAUGCAACGCGAGAGACGACGAGUACUCUCAAGACCUGGCUGUACGAGCACCGCAAAAACCCCUACCCCACCAAAGGAGAGAAAAUCAUGCUGGCUAUCAUCACUAAAAUGACCCUGACGCAAGUGUCCACUUGGUUUGCUAACGCCAGACGGAGGCUUAAGAAAGAAAACAAAAUGACCUGGUCUCCCAAGAACAAAGCCGGGGAAGAGAGGAAAGAAGGAACCCCGAGGGAAGAGGAUGAAUACAGUGCGGAGGGUGAAGGCAGAGAGCAGAAGAGCUACAAGGAGGACAAGGACCUGCGGUUCAGCGACCUGGAGGAGGAGGAAGAGGAGGAGGAGGAGGAGGCGGGGAAGCCGGAGAAGGGCCGGACCAGCUCCCUGCAGGAAGCGCCCAGCCUGGGCGCGGCGCUGCCCGAGGCUCCGCGCAGCGAUUGCAGCCUGCCCGGCCCCUUCCACGCCUUUCCUUGUGCCAAGGGCCCCGCCGCGGACUUCGCCCCCGCCUCCUUGGCCGGCCCGCCGCCGCCCUACGCGCCCGCGGAGAAGCCGCGCAUCUGGUCUCUGGCGCGCACGGCCGGGGCCAGCGCGGCGCGCAGGGGCAGCCCCGAGGGCCGCGGCGCGGAGGGAGGCGGCGGCGCGGCGGGGGAGCAGCCCCUGCCCGCCAAGGCCUUCCGGAGCUCCGCUUUCAGCCUGCAGCCGCUCCCGCGGAGCUGCGCGUCCCACCGCGGCCUGGGGGAGCCGUGCCAGUUCGCGGCGGCGGGCGAAGGCUUCGGGCGGGGCGCCAAGGGCGGCCCGGGAGGCACCGAGCUGGGUGGGACGUGCCUGGACAGGCUGCGGACGGCGUUCCGGCCCGUGCUGCGGAGGUGA